CGGUACGGUGGAGUCGCAACAACAAGCACCCCAACUUGACGGUUGCUACGCGUUUCUUACGGGUUGCUAGUAGCAAGCAUGGCUAAUCGCCGCAUUUACUCCCUGAGCGUCAUUUAAGUGCUAUAAUGAAACCUUUCGAAUCGGACGAGGAGGAAGCGGAGCAUCUGAAUGUUUACCAGAAACAAUUGAGACAGCCACCCAACCAAAGCCUACAGCAGCUCAGCGACGCUCUGGAACAUUUCCACCACGAUGACAAUGAGGAGGAAGAUCCUGUCAGAUGUGAGGAUGGGGACGGUCGCAGCGGUGGCACCCUGGCCUCGACAAUGGAGAAAAAACGGCCUCGGUGGAGCCACAAGAAACAGAGCGAAGCAGUCAAUCAACUGAAGAGUCUCCUGUUAAAGCAGGGCAGGGAGAUGCCUGCUCCUCUCUCGCCUCCAAAGGACUUGGUCCCGGUGACUCACAACCCGCCAGACUACAUCCAGCACCUGGAGGCUGAGGUCCAACUCUGCAAGGAGGAGCAGCAGGGGCUCAAACAGCGCAUCCGAGUGGUGGUGGUGGAGAACGAGAAACUGCGCGCCGAGCUCAAAGCCACACAUGCGGAUGCGUCUCCCAAGGACCAUCACACGGUGAACGAAACUAUGGCAGGCGACAGUUACGUGGCCAAGCAUGGGGAAAGCUACACAGCGUGGAAGCAUGAGCUGGAGCAAUUGAAGUCGAUGCAUCAGGCCCAGAUUGAAAGACUGGAGGCUCAGGUCCUCUCCCUCAGGAGGGAUCUGUCUCUCAGUCAGAAUGAGUGCCGGGUGCUGACCGGCCGUCUGAGACGCAGCGAGCAGGAGGUGGCGGCGGCGCUGCAGGCCGGCGGCGCGCAGCGUGUGGCCGGCUUGUGUCUGCAGUGCGCGCAGAAGGAGGCGCUAUUGGCUUGCACGCCCGACAACGUGCACGUCCAGAUUGUUGACCGACUCACCAAGGAGCGUGACGAGCUACUGACGGCUCUGAGUGCGGCACGGUCCGCUCAGCAGGAGAUGCAGCACCGGGAGUGGUCGGCUUGUUUGCAAGUCAAAGGCGCCGUUGAGAUGGCCGAGGAGGCCCACCUGCACAGAGCUGAGGUAGAGGUGCAGUGCCAGCAGCUGUCCAGGGAACUCGCCCGGCAGACGACACAGCGAGAACAUGACGCGCAAGCCCUGAAGGACAGACUCGCCGAGGCCAGAGAGGAAGGACGCAGCGAGGGCCGUAGGCAGAAGGAAGAGCUGGCAAAUACGGUGGCCUGGCUGUCCCAACGUUCCGCCGAGCUGGAGGGGCACCUCGACAGACUCCACGGCGACAAGAGCUCGAUGACCAAUCAGCUGGAAGAUGCGCAGCGACAUCUCGCCAGUGUGGAGCAAGAGAACAGCAAAGUCUGUGCGGAGCUCCAGUAUCAACUCAGCAAUGCUCAACUCAAGAAAGAGGAGGCUGAGCGAGAACUGCAGGACCUCAAGUCCAAGAGCAGCAGGCAGCUGGAGAAAUCCACACAGGAAGUGGAAAAGCUGAGCUCUGAGCUGGUUGGCUGCCGGCAGCGUCUGGAGGCUGUCCAAAGGGACGGCGGCCAAUGGCAGGCCGAAGCCCUGAGCCUGGCCGAACAGCUGGCGAGCGCCCAGCGCCAACUGCACCUCACCAGAGAAGCCAGCGAGGCGGCGGCGAGAGCUCACGAGGACGAAAUGGCGUGCGCUGCCCGUGCCUGGCGCCAGCGUGAGGGCGAGAUGGCGGCGCUGCUGCAGCAAACAGAGACGCAGCACCUGCAGAGAGCCGGCGAGCUGGACAAACUCCUGUCUUCCCAGAAUUCCCUCAUCAAGAAGCUGAAGGAGGAGUGUCGCACGCUGGGAGCCACGUUGGAGGAGCUGACGGGAAACAGAAGGCGGGAAGUGGAGCAGCUGGCUGUGGUGAAUCACCACCUUCAGGACACAGUGAAGAAUAUGAGAGCACGCUGCUCCGACAUGGAGAAACAGUGUGUUCAGCACGGACGCGUGCACCACACCAUGAAGAACAGGGGCACUUGGCCAGUCGCCUGCCUCUGCCCAUGUGGCCCAGAGUGUGUGUGGGUGUCGUCAUCCCACUCUGUAGGAGCUCUGCAUCAGCACCUCACUGAGACGCACGCACACGUCACCACAUUUUCCUCCCACCCGCCUGUGAACUUGUGGCCAAGCAGACAAACAGAAGCAAAAGUCAAGCGCGCGGCAGCUGCAUGCAAAAACAAUCUCGCUUGGUGAGAAGGUAUCGUUCUUGCGUGCGUCCUCGGGAGGUUCGCUUGAGCACGGCUGCCAAGCGCGGAUGGGCCGGGAAGCUGGCGCCCAAACUUGGCGCCGCCUUCCACGGUCGAACGAUGAUAAUCAGCGUUGGCAUUUAGCAAAUUCUGUUUUGUGCUUUGACACUUUGCUCAGUGGAUGAAUCCUCCUGCGAGUUGCCGUGCGUGUCAACAUAUUUUUUUUUCUUCUGCUUUUGGACAUGCCUGACCACAGUUUUUCUUUUAGCUUUGCUGUUGUGGAUGGAUUUGCUUAGUGUUGAGUGUUUGCUGCUUGUGGGCCUUUAAAUGCUAAUUAAAACCGCUUGAAAAGAUUUUUAGGGUUACAACAAUAUUUUUAAAAAACUUGUUUGGGGUGUGGCUUGAUUUUGAACGUGGGUACACGAAGGCAGUGUCUGCCAACGUUUGUUCUGCCAUGGCACAUAUUUUGAGAAAUGUGGAGGCACAUUACCAAAUCAAAAUAACUCACCUUUGUGUGAAAUUUGAGCCUGUUUAGUUGAAUGCAAAAUGAUCAUUUGGUAUGAAUGGCAACAGGUGGAUGCACAGAUUUAUGGACGGAAUUGACACUCUGCUCUUUUGUACUCCCAAAAGUGGAAAGAAAGAAACAAAGAACGACUCAAUGUCCAAGUUGAGUUGGCUUUGAUUUCACUUUUCAGUACAAAAGGUGAACACUUAAGGUUAGCCAUCAACAACCGUUGCGGAACAGGAAUGAAGCAGCAAAUCCAGCCGCAAUGACACAUUGAACGACAGCAGUGUGUGCGCUUGUCUCAGUCUUGGAGUCUCUGAAUGUUACUGCAUGUUACCCCCCCAAGGGCUCUUGAACGCAUCACAGCGUGCUCCAUCGCAGCGCCCCGAGGCCUUUCGAGAUGUAACCCGCUAACAAGGCGAGUGAGCGGACUUGUCGCCAUCCAGCCCCCCCCGUUUUUCUUUCCUCCCCUCGCUGCAAUCUGUGCCGGGAAGAGCAAAACAUUUGGAAAAUCAGCUUGAUGUAUUUUUACUGGGCCAAGCCUGCUGCCAAACGACACAGGGGUUUCUUAACACACACUUCAUUAUUUAUUUGACUAUUUCUGUGUUGUUUACGUCGUGAGCAGGAGGGGGGGGGGGGCAUUGACGGAGUGGCCAAGAGUGGUUACAAACCAACAUGGAACAUAUUAGAACACAUUGCUCAAUAAAUAGUGUUAAUGUUCUCAAUUA